UCUAGCUAGGAACUAAUCCAGUCGACAAUGUAGCUAAUGUUAUAGUACACAUACUACUAGAUAUGUAACGUUAUAUCGACAGGAUGCCAGCUAGCGGAAUGCAUGCCAACCUGUAACUAUGGUUGUUAUAGUGCCACAAUAACGACGUAGCUAGCUAGCCUAGUAUCUCUCUUAAACAAUGGCUUUGCUAACGGUAGCUGAGGUUCUUUAGCAUGUUAGCGUUUGUGGCUACAGUAGCAUUCAUAUGAAGCCCGUUAGCUAGCCAGAUCAGAGUUAGAAAGUUCCAUAACUACGGUAACGUUAAAUUGCUAUUAAGUAGCUACUACAGCUAGAAAGUUACCAUUAUUAAAGCUAAGAAAUGAUUUAAUUGCAGGAUCGACAUAUUUUAAGGUGGUAGCGUUACACAUACGAUUUUUUUGCACUGUUUCAGAAAAUGUCCACAAUAUAUCUGGCACUAAUAGUGGAAUGAUAGUGUUUCACAGUAUUACCAAAGUUGUGGUAUACUAUCUACUGUGAUAUUCGACUAUUGGUUUCUCCCGACGUAGCGGCAUCUGAUGUCAGAAUAUGAAAGCUUUUCUGACUUUGGCUGUGUUGUCUAGUGGAAAUCUCUCUGUCAUUUCCUGGUUGCUAAAAUUCUACACUAUCAUUCAUCCUUGUGAAACGAUUCGACACCUUGCGGAGUCUAUGCCCCCGAAGAAUUGAGGCUGUUCUGAGGGCAAAAGGGGGUGCGACUCAAUAUUAGGAAGGUUCUCCUAAUGUUUUGUACACUGAGUCUAUGUUGAGCCUGGAGUUAAGUCCCUUAGCUAGCUACUAUAGCUAUUGCUUCCUGUGAUUAGCUAGCUAAUGAAAUGUUGAUGACUAACGUUAGCUAGUACAGACUUGUCACAUUGGCCCCAUUCUGAGAACCCAGUAUAACGAACUAUUUAGCAUAGUUUAAGAACAGGUUCUGUUCUGUGCUUUUCUGCUAGUUAUAAACAAUGAUAUAAACAACAAACUAGCUCGAUAGUUAUUAUGCUAUUUAUUUGGGGUGCCUGAUUGAUAUCAGCUGUGAACACCAUUGCAUUGUCACGACUUCCAUAUGGACUGUUUGGACCCACAGGAAGAGAUGUCAGGAAUAAGUGCGGUGAGCUCGGCGUUGCCAGCGGCUACAACCCGUACCACCUCCUUCAAGGGCUCCUGCCCCAGCUCGAAGUAUGUGAAGCUGAAUGUGGGCGGGGUGCUCUACUACACCACCAUGCAGACCCUUACCAAGCAGGACACCAUGCUCAAAGCCAUGUUCAGUGGCAGGAUGGAGGUCCUCACAGACAGUGAAGGCUGGAUCCUUAUUGACAGGUGUGGGAAGCACUUUGGGACCAUUCUGAACUACCUGCGUGAUGGUGCUGUACCUUUGCCUGAGAUCCGGAGAGAGGUCGAAGAGCUCCUGGCAGAGGCCAAGUACUACCUGGUGCAGGGGCUAGCUGACGAGUGCCACGCUGCCUUGGAGAACAAAGAUAUGUAUGAGCCCUUCUGUAAAGUGCCUUUGGUCACAUCCUCAAAGGAAGAACAGAGACUCAUCUCUACCUCCAAGCCCACAGUCAAGCUGUUAUACAACAGGAGCAACAACAAGUACUCUUACACCAGCAACUCCGAUGACAACAUGCUGAAGAACAUUGAGCUGUUUGACAAGCUCUCUCUGCGGUUCAACGGCCGUGUGCUCUUCAUCAAGGACGUGAUCGGGGAUGAGAUCUGCUGCUGGUCGUUCUAUGGGCAGGGCCGUAAGAUCGCUGAGGUGUGCUGCACCUCCAUAGUCUACGCCACAGAGAAGAAACAAACCAAGGUGGAGUUCCCAGAGGCUCGUAUCUAUGAGGAGACCCUUAACAUCCUGCUUUAUGAGUCUCAGGAUGGGCGUGGUCCAGACAACGCUCUACUGGAGGCUACAGGAGGCGCUGCAGGCCGAUCCCAUCAUCUGGACGAGGACGAGGAACGGGAACGCAUUGAGAGGGUGCGCCGCAUCCACAUCAAACGUCCCGAUGACCGCACCCACCACCACCAGUAACUAUACCAGCCAACCAGCAUUAUCAGGAUCCGCAGACCUCACCAGUGACCAUUACCCAUCACUGAGAUCACACUACCGGUAUACCCACAGGUAAUCUCACAUCCUUGACCACAAGCGACUUCUGUGCUUCUGCACCACAGCCACUAAUGAACUGUUGCUUGUCUGAUAUCAUUCUAAGUAGAACAUGAUUUUAAUGUUCUGUCCCAAAUGGCUAUAUCAGUAUUUUCUAAACCGUCAACUUUUUUUCAGUGGUCAGAAUGUAUUUUACCGCCUUUAUUUCCAUAUGUUUUGUCGUUGUAUGUAUGUAGACAUAUUACUUGUGCCCAGUAGAGAUAUUGUGCCUUAAGUCUGUGGGUGUACGUGCUGCUUACAAUCUUUAUCAUGAUUUACUUUAUCACGUCACUACAACAUUGCUUUGAAGUUCAGGUAUGUGUCACAGUAUAGCUAGUUCAGGUCAAUUGCAUUUAAAGGAUUCUAUACAUUAUGUACAAUGUGGAACAAUACAUUUUCCUACCACAGCAGUUUUAGAUAAAAAAAUAUAAAGUGAUAUGUAAACUGUAUAACAGCAUUUUAUCUUGUGUUUAGAAAUUGGGUGCUUCUAUUUUCUGUAUGUACUCAUUUCGUCCAGCAGAGGUUGUUGUGUACAAAAACACUGAAAGGUGUGAUAUAUUAGGUUGACGUUACCUCUAGAUGGUGAUCUUCGGUCAGUUUUGUAGUUCCCCCACUAAUGAUUAAGGAUUUUUGGAGGGGAAGCUGAUCCUAGAUGUUUGCCUACGGGAACUUAACCCUGAAGCGAUAAGUUUACAACACACCUCUUAAUUGUAAGUGGUAUGAAUAAAGCCACCGUUUCUUCUGUAGUCAAGGAUUAAUGAUCUUUUGACAUCAUGUAUGAAAUCUGGUUUUCUUCUGUGUGAUAAAAAUGAAUGUCAUUGCUGCCUGUUACAAAAAUGAUUGGCGGGUGACAUGGUUACAAGACCAAACUUGUUUGGAAGAUGGAUCACAGCUGAAGAGACUAAGCAACUCCAGACAUUGCGUAAAAUUGUGACAUUCUUUGCGAUCAUUUCACAUGUACAAGUGUCUUUUGCACUGUAUUUAACACAAUUUUCUUACAAUAAAGAUGUUUAUGAAUA